AUGGCGCGGGAGCUGAGCCAGGAGGCUGUGCUGGACUUCCUCUGGGCGGCCGGGGGGCGAGCCCCCAACACGGCGCUGCUCCGCCACUUCCAGCGGUUCCUCCGCGACCCGGCGCUGACGGAGCAGCAGCGGCGGGAGCGCCGCGAGUACUUCAAGAGCCUCGUCAACUCCCUGGCCACCGUCCACCCCGCCGCCGUCCCCGGCGCCUCCAAGGACAUCGUCCUCCGCCGCAGGUACCGCGACCUCCUCGAUGAGGAGCUGCCACCUCCGGAGGAGCAGCGGGAGCAGGAGGAGGAAAAGAACGAGCCGCCGCCGCCCCGACGCGACCCCGACGGGCGGCGCGGCCCCCACGGGGAGACGGCGGAGCAGGGGCGGCCCGGCGGGGCGGGGGGCUGCGCCGCCCGGGGCCGCGGGGGGCCGUGCUGCGAGUGCCGCCGGGCGCGCCGCGCUGCCGCCGCCGCCGCUGUCCCCGCGCCGGGCCCCGGGACACCGCCCGCCCCCCGGCCGCCCCGCUCCCGCUCCCCGCCGCCCCCCCCGCAGCCGCCCCCGUACCGGACCCAGCCGCUGUCUUCGGGCCCCUGGGCGCUUCGUGCCGGCGGCACAGCGCGGCCCCAGCCCCCCGCGCUGCCGUCGGAUCCUGGGGUGCUGUCCCCCGCGGUGCUGCCCCGGUCCUUAUCGCCGCCGCUGCCUGCCGCCGGGCUGCCCUCUGCCACAGCGCCCCGGUCCCGGACGCCACCGCUGCCACCGGGCCCGGAGAAGCCGCCUCCCUACAGACUGCCUCAGCCCCGAUCUCCGCCGCAGCCGGUGACUGGGAUGCCCCUGCUGAAGGCCCCUCGACCCUCAGCAAGCCCGGGGAGGCGACCCCACGCCGGACCCAUCCCGUCCCCGCUGCUGUCAUCGGGCCCCAGGGCGCUGUCCCCCCGUGACCUGCCCCCAUCCCGAUCCUUGCCGUUGCUGUCCGCCCCGGAGGUGCUGCCCCUGUCCCGGUCCCUGCAGGCACUCCCUGCCAGCCCCUCAUCGCCACUGCUUUUGUCAGGCCCCGAGAUGCUCGCUUCCACCAGGCUGCUCCCAUCGCAGUCCAGGUCCCUGCAGCAGCUCCCCACCAGGCCAUCCCCAGACCUGCCGAGGGGAUCCAGGGGGCUGACCCCCAAGGGACCAACCCAACCUCAAGUCCUGCGACUGCACCCAUGUCAAAGCCUGACACUGCAGUCAGGUCCUGAGAUCCUGCCCACCACCAGGUCCCCCCCACCCCAAUCCCUGCCAUGGUCUGCCUCUCUCCCGUCCCCAUCCCGCUCCCUGCAGCCACCCCUUGCCAGGUCACCCCCAUCCCAGUCCUUGCUGCCAGCACAGGGCCCCACAGUGCCCCAAGCCUCGGAGAGCCAGCCUCCGGCACCGCUGCCUGUUUUCCGGAGCAUCAGGUGCCAGCUCGCUUUGUCGGAGUUGCAGGGCACCCCUGCCUCAGCGCACGAUGACUGUGGGCGGCAGCCCCACUCCAUGCUCCCCAAGAGCUCCCCUAGGAACGCCUCAAGCCGGGGGCCUGUGGUGCCACUGGGACAGCGGGAGCACACCUGGCUGGUGGCAAUGUCAGCAGGCUGCUGGGCUCAGGUGCGAGGGCUCUUUCUGGAAGAGCCUGAGCUGGCCCUGCAGAGGGACUUCAUAUCAGGCUUCACCGUCCUUCACUGGCUGGCCAAGCACGGCGAUGGGCCGGGCCUGCAGGAGCUGGCAGCGGCGGCGCAGCAGGUCGGGCUGGCCCUGGACGUGGACGCCCGCUCGGGCUGCGGGUACACGCCGCUGCACCUGGCUGCCAUACACGGCCACCAGCUGGUCAUCAAGGUGCUGGUGCUGCAGCUGGGGUGCCAGGUGCAGGUGCGGGAUGGCAGCGGGCGCCAGCCAUGGGAAUACCUGGGCAGCUCCACCUCGGGAGAGAUCUGGCAGCUCCUGGAGGCACCCCGUGGCACAAUCAUGUUCCCUACGCAGCCCCUGGCCCGCCGUGUGUCCUCUGUCAGCAAGGUCUCGCCGUCCACCGGCAGGGCAGCGUUGCCUGCCUGCCUCCGUGUGCAGCUCGGGCGUGGGGCAGUGUCCCACCCAUCCGGCAGUGACAGUGACUGA